UUCGGCUCUGCUUUCAAAACCUUCUGGCACACCAUGACCAGCUACGACCGACAUUCCUCCUACGACUCCCCCUAUCGAACAGGCGAACAUCAACCCCUCGGCCAAAGCCGACAUGCACCCUUGACCUCAGUCGCAACAGCGGCAUCAGAAUCUCGCGGAGACGUCGAUUCUCCCUAUUUCGAGGAUGAUAUAAACAGACAUUCCACCUCAGCUUUGAACGGCAACGCUUACCCAAAUUCCCCACUCCCUCAUAGCCCAGGACCACGAUCCCCUUACUCACCGGGUAUGAGAUCGGAAAAUCUGAAGCGGUCAAACACAAAUGAGAAUUUCGAGAAUGUCACACCUGGCGAGAUUCAAUUACAAGCCUUUCAAGAAGGGCUUCCUCCACCCCCUCCCGCGAACCAUUCCUGGAAGCGAAUUGAUCGGUGGGCAGAGGAGAACUACGAGGAGCUGUUUGAUAAUUUGGGCGAGGGCUGCACGACCAACGAUCUGAAUGAGUUGGAGCAUAUACUGGACUGCUCUCUUCCCAUGGAAGUGCGCGAGUCAUUGCAAGUUCAUGAUGGGCAAGAACGUGGUGGUCUUCCUACUGGUAUCAUCUUCAGUAGCAUGCUACUGGACUGUGAGGAGAUUGUACAGGAGUGGGAGAAUUGGAAGAAGGUCAACCAGGAAUAUCUUAAGGAACCGGUCAAUUUCAAGCCUGCGACCCCGUUGAAGGCGUUUGGAGGAUCGUCAUCUGCUUCUUCGUCGAAAACUCCUGCUCAUCCACAAGGUCCAAAUCUUCAUUGGAGACAGGAACUGCUUGCCCGUCAAGAUUCUCAGCCUUCAAAUGCCAUCCAAAAGGUAUAUGCUCACCCAGCUUGGAUUCCGUUGGUUCGAGAUUGGGGUGGAAAUAACUUGGCCGUUGAUUUGGCACCAGGCCCAGCUGGAAAAUGGGGUCAGGUCAUUCUGUUUGGUCGGGACUACGAUUGCAAAUAUGUGGUUGCGCGAUCCUGGUCUGCAUUUUUGGCUACCGUUGCAGAUGAUCUUAACAGCGGGAAAUGGUUCGUGGACGAGGAAACGCAUGAGCUCAAAUUGAGAGAGUUCAAGAAUACUAAAGUCGAGCCUGGAUACUUGGAUAUCUUGAGGUGGAGAAUGGAUCAAAAAUAUGGCCGAAAGAACAACAACAAACGCCGAUCGCAAGGCCCUCCAAAUGGUCAAGCAAAUGGAUCCCCUGGGGCCUCGCCUUACGCCAGUCCAACAGCUGAGACCGGAGAGCCUCGAGGACGUUCAAUGCAACGCUUCAGUGGCGCCUCGCCAGUUGCAAGUCCCGCGAGACCUAAUUAUGGAAAAUCGAGUCCGCUAGCCCGAGUCACCGAAGAGAGCUCUGGUGCCAUCAAAGUUCACACCAACGGAAUUCCAGUCGAGAAGCUCGUCGAAGUUGAGACUCCCAGACCCAGCGAGGACGAAGUCAAGAAAAAUAAGACUCUGGAGUCACUACUCGAGCCCGUUGCCCUCGACGAUAACAAGGAGAACUCGGGCGACGGGGACUCGAAUUCCAAGCCUCAGGGCCUCGGAUUAGUAAACGGUAGCGCGGCGAAGAAAGCUACGGUCGAGGACGAUAACACGAUGAAAACGAUCGAAAUCUAA